GGCUGAUGGACAACUUGCCCCACAAAAACCCCACCAUCCAUGGUAUCUUCUAUGUCUAUCUUUAACUCUGAAACAGUGUCAGAUAUGAACAAGAUAAUGAAGGAAGGAGAGGACUUGUACUGUAUUUACCCGUAUAUGUGUGUAUAUAUAUUUAUAUAUAUGUUCCAUCACAUAAUUUUAUUGCAUAUUUGCAAUACCCUUUAGAUGUCAGAAUAUCUUUAGAAUGUCAGACAAGGAAAUAGCUGCUGCUAAUAUAGCAUUAUAUAGGCCUGUGAAGUGUGCUUUAAGAGGGAGAAAAGAUGGACUUUUUAAGCAUCUGGGUGUUUAUUGUAAAAGUCUAAAAAAGUGUCAACUCUUCUGGUCUCUGUCUAUAAGAAAGGUCUGAACUUGGCUCUGAUGGGCUCUUUUAGAUGUUACAUCCAGCUGAGGCCUCUGGAUGAAUACAUGGCUAAUGGCAGCUUUAACGUUCCAUUUGCUUUUCUAGGGCAUUGAAUCUCUUCCUUCUUACAGGGAGUUAUUACAUCAACUGAGGGCAGCGACAAGAGUAAAAUAGUAGACAGGUGUUUGAUGGUUGAAUAGUGGAGUGUGAAAUGGCAUCAACUUCUUGUGCCAAGCAGAGCACAGUGCUUAUGAAAGAACCAGUUAUGAACUAUAUUCAAUACCCAGCACCUCUGGCAAGAUAUGAAGAUGUUACUGCCAAUCCUAAGCUCUUCAUGGCUACUUUGGAGAAGCUCCAUGCUUCUAUGGGAACCAAGUUUAUGAUUCCCAUUAUAGGAGGAAGGGAGUUGGACUUGCACCGGCUCUUUGUGGAGGUGACUGCACGUGGUGGUCUUGAGAAGAUUAUUAGAGAGAGAAGAUGGAAGGAAGUUACUGCAAUUUUCAAUUUUCCUUCUACUGCUACAAACGCGUCAUUUGUACUUCGCAAGUACUAUGGUUCCUUGCUUCACCACUAUGAACAGCUUUACUUUUUUAAAGCCCGGGGUUGGACUCCUGGCUCAUCUGUCCCAUUGCAGAGCCCAAUGGCAACACGAUUUCCUGCACAAAUAACAGUGCAGCCAUCACCUGAAUAUCAAGCAGCUACAUCCCAGCAUCAAAGGACAAACACUGCAGAGCUGUGUGGAGCAUCAUCUGGAAGUUCUCAAGUUAUAGGGGUGAUUGAUGGGAAAUUUGAGAGUGGGUAUCUUGUUACUGUCACAAUAGGGACAGAGAAGCUCAAAGGUGUUCUUUAUCAGGCACCUCAGAACCAAUCAUGCCAAAUGCCACAGCAUUAUAAUGUCUCUGCCAACAAUAUUGGUAAUGCUCGUACUGUAUCAGGCACACAACGUCGCCGCCGAAAGAAAAAUGAGAUAAAAAGGAGGGAUCCUGCUCAUCCAAAGCCAAAUAGAAGUGGCUAUAACUUCUUCUUUGCUGAACAGCAUGCAAGAUUGAAGCCCCUUUACCCAGGAAAGGACAGAGAGAUUAGUAGGAUGAUUGGUGAACUAUGGAACAAGCUAAAAGAAUCUGAAAAAGCAGUUUAUCAGGAGAAAGCCAUUAAAGAUAAAGAAAGAUACAGAAUAGAAAUGGAGGAUUACAGGGAAAGAUUAAGAACGGGGCGACUUAUUAGUGAUGCAGUUCCACUACAGCAAUGGUUGCCUGAACAGGAUGUAGAUAUGGUGGAGGCUGAUGUGAAGGCUGAUGAAACAGAAGGCGGAGACUCCCUGCAUACUAUGGAUAAUGAGAGUAGUUCUGGUGAAAGUGCUUCUGAGGAUGAUGAUAAAACUGCAGAAAAGGAUUUGGAUAGAGAACAAUCUUUAGGAGUGGAUUUUAACAUUCAUACAGGUAACAGUAUGGGUAUGACUACUUCGGUCGAGGCAGCAGCAUUCGAACUGUGGAAUAGAGAAGAGAAUAUUGGAGAUGUGGGGACUGAGAAGGUUGGAAACGUCGAAAACUUGGAAAAUAUUCUAAUUGAGACAGAGAAAGAAAAAGUAGCAGGCCAAGGACAAUGAAUUUUCUCUACAAAAAAACAAGUAGGAUUUACUCUUGAUGUUCUUUAUAGCAUUGCUAAAUCAUGGCUAAAAUACUAUUUAUGGUAGCUUUUUACUUGAUAUUUUCAUUUUUUUGUCUAGAACUUAACAUUUUGUUUUUUUUUUUUUUUUUUUCCACUUAAUCAUGCUGUGAAAAUUAGUGUCAGUGUUUAUGUAGGGAGGUGCAGAAGUUUUGGCUGGCUUCUGGCAGUUUUGUAGGGAGAACAUUCUGAUUGCAUCUCAGCCUAUGAUUUAAUACAAUUCCUAAUUGAUGUUUUCAGUGAGUGCUA